AUUUUGGAUCCAUAAAAGUUUUUAAUAAUUCCAACUGUGUUUUUUUAUUAUUUUGUUAAAUGCUUCACUCAAGAUUUCCAUCAUCGCCACCAGCGGGGAUAUUAAAGAAAAACGACGAAGAUGCUGUGUUUUGUAACAACUCAGGAAACUCUUCCAGUUCACUUCAGAUUGGUCAUUCUUUUCAAAAUACAAAAAUUGAACAUCCUGACUCCACAACACAUUUGGGUAAUCAUCAAGCGCAAAUCCAUAGUGGUAAUCUGCAUCCACAGCACCAACAUUUGACGAGCCCCACACAAGCGGCGAAUUCUGCUUUUAAAUUCAAUCAUUCAAGUGUCAUUUCAACAAAUUCACCCAGUGUUUAUCAACACUACAAUGCUCAAAGUAAUAGCGCUUACAAUAUGUUACGACCACCCACAUCCACAACAGGUGAAGCUGAUAUUAAAUACGACAGUCCAUAUAAUACAACAAUAUCGUCUACUUACUCCUUACUGCGCCCAAGCGCUGUAGACUCAACAACAGUUACUUCGACUGAAGCCGAUAUGAAAUUUGAGAAUCUUUAUACUAGUAACGCUAUAUCUACUAGUCAAACUGUUACUCAGAGACGUGGCUCACUACAGCUGUGGCAAUUUUUAGUAGCGCUUUUGGAUGAACCCGCUACAAGCUCAAGUUGUAUAGCCUGGACUGGUAGGGGUAUGGAGUUCAAAUUAAUUGAACCCGAAGAAGUUGCAAGACGUUGGGGAAUACAAAAAAACCGACCAGCUAUGAACUAUGAUAAGCUUUCACGUAGUCUACGCUAUUAUUAUGAGAAGGGUAUUAUGCAGAAAGUAAAUGGUGAGCGGUACGUUUACCGAUUUGUUUGCGAUCCAGAUGCACUUUUUAAUAUGGCUUACGGACAUUUAUCGCCUGCAAAAGCUGAUCACAGUCACGUGCUCGCUGGUACAACUUCAUCUCUUUCGGUCUCAAAAAAUGAUAGUUUAAACAGAAGUACGGUUAAUAGUGGUACAAUUUUAGAUCAUGAAACUGGUAGAGAAAGAAGUUUGAUUGGGCAUUUAACCAGUAGUAGUAAAACACCACCAGAUACUUUGUUUUAUAGUAGUCCCUUGCAUAAGUUUUAAUU